CUCAAAUAGAGCUAUCAAGGGUUAAAGAUCUCUUCUUGUUUCCUUACUCGUUUCUUCGCGAUAGUCUCAUUCAAGGUAAAAAAGAAAUACUCGAGACAUCAUUCACAAGACAAUCAAAAAUGGCUCUAAACGUAUUGGCAUUUACAUUUGGAAUCAUGGGCAACAUCAUAUCGUUCAUCGUGUUCUUGGCACCAGUGCCAACUUUUGUUAGGAUCUGCAAGAAAAAAUCGACAGAAGGCUUUCAAUCACUUCCCUAUGUGUCAGCGCUCUUUAGUGCGAUGCUAUGGAUUUACUACGCUUUGCAAAAAGAUGGAUCAGGCUUCCUCUUGAUUACCAUAAACUCUGUGGGAUGUUUUAUCGAAACCAUCUACAUUAUCCUCUUCAUAACAUAUGCUAACAAGAAAGCAAGAAUAUCAACUUUGAAGGUUCUUGGGCUCUUGAAUUUCUUGGGUUUUGCCGCUAUUAUUCUUGUCUGUGAGUUAUUGACCAAAGGAUCAAACCGCGAGAAAGUCCUUGGAGGGAUUUGCGUCGGAUUUUCCGUUUGCGUCUUCGCUGCUCCUUUGAGCAUCAUGAGAGUGGUAAUACGAACAAAGAGUGUGGAGUUUAUGCCCUUCUCUCUAUCAUUGUUUCUUACACUCAGUGCCAUUACAUGGCUCUUCUAUGGUCUUGCUAUUAAAGACUUCUACGUUGCGCUUCCAAAUAUAAUGGGUGCGUUUCUCGGAGCAGUUCAAAUGAUUCUUUACGUCAUAUACAAGUACUACAAAGCUCCAAAAACUGAUGACACAGAGAAACCCAAAACGGUGUCGGAUCAUUCUAUUGAUAUGGUCAAGCUUGUAUCAACUCCAGCUUCCGGUGAUAUAACGGGUCAUCCUCAAACUCAUGGUGGUGAUUUAGAGGGUCAGAUGGAGAAAAAAGUGGCAAACCAAAUCCAAAUCUAAGUAGUUUUUGUAUUAGUGAUUUUAUCGUUGUUGUACUGUUGAGUGGUGUCUCACUAGAUUGUACUUGGCGCCUUGUCUUUCCCCCACAUUGUUAUUUCCAAAUUGUAUUAUCCUUCAAAGAGUGUGUUUUAGUUCUUAUAAAUACUUCCAAAAAUGAUGUGUCUUGCAGUGAUUUAUAAAUGUUGUG